AUGGGACUUCCUACCAGUCAGAAAGCAGCCGUGAAGCAGGGAGAGGGCAAAUCAUCCACCGCGCCAGUUCAAGAUGUUCCUGUGAACGAACCUGGUCCUGGUCAAAUCCUCGUCAAGAUCAACUGGACUGGCCUCUGUGGAAGCGACAAAUCGCUCAUCUACGACGAAUGGGCCACGCAAGGUCUGAAGAUGACUCCUGACACUCAUGGUAUUGCUGGUCAUGAAGGAGCGGGAGAAGUUGUCGCAGUCCAUGACGAUGUCAAAGACUUGUGGAGCGUUGGUGAUCGAGCUGGAGUCAAAUGGGUCGCUAGUGUAUGCAGAAAGUGCGAGUUCUGCACCAAUGGCACAGACGAGCUGCAAUGUUCCAAACAGCUCAACUCUGGCUUCUCGAUCCAAGGUACCUUUGCGGAGUACUGUUUGACAGAUGCCCGUUAUGCUACGAGGCUGCCGGAGGGUGUCUCCGAUGAGGAAGCAGGUCCGAUCCUAUGUGGAGGAGUGACGGCUUACACAGCUUGCAAGCGAAGUGCAGUGAAGCCUGGCCAAUGGAUCGUUCUGCCAGGAGCUGGUGGCGGUCUAGGCCAUUUGGCUGUUCAAUAUGCAAAAGCAAUGCUCGGUGCAGAGCACUAUAUCGAUUUCCGCACCAGCAAGGACGUAGCAGCUGAAGUGAUGGAACUUACGACUUUCGGAGCUCACGGUGUCAUCGUCUUCGCCGCUACCAGAGAAGCAUAUGGAGCAGCUCCCAACUUCCUUCGUCCAGGAGGAACUGUGGUAGCCGUCGGCUUGCCAAAGGACGAGACAAUCAUCGCGGGAGCGUCGCCUCUAACACUAGUCCUCAAGAGGCUCAACAUUGUUGGCUCUGUGACAGGCACCCUGAAGGAAGUGGAAGAAGCGCUUGAUUUUACGGCCCGAGGCCUGGUCCGACCCAUACUCACCAAGGGAACUCUAGAAGAUGUUGACCGCUUUUUACAGCUCUUGGACCAAGGCAAGCUNCCCGGCCGAGCUGUCCUUAAGAUUGCUGCUUGA